AUGAUUUCCGCUAUCUUCGACGGUGCCGCCCAUGUCACCGUCGCUGGGUGCCUCGGAGCAUUCUUUUUCAAACACACUGUGGUGGAUCGGACGUCCAAGGCCAUCAAAGAAGCAGAGAACGUCACCGCUGGCCUGGUCAUAUCCGAAUUCUGUAUUUCUGUCGCGGUACUAGUUCUAGCUUCCAACGAGACCGCCCGGAUACUCCUCAGUAAAGAUGGUCAACCCCCUCCGAAGCACAAUUUAGCCAAGCUCAACGCGCCUCUCAUUUGCAACAAAGUGUCCGAUUUCUCUACUGCAGCAGACUCAAUUUCAAUCGCAACCGAACCAUGUAGCACUCCGCCGUCCGUAUCAAUCGCAACCGACUCUUGCAGCACUCAGCCAGACGUAAUAAUUUCACCGAAUCUAAUCGCAAACGACUCUUGCAGCACUCAGCCAUCUAAUACGUGUUCUACUUUAUGCACGCCAAUACUGCCGACUUCGCCGGUUCCGAACACGAAGCGCCUCUCAAUGGAUUCUGACACGACUCUCGUCGAUCAUCAUGACGACUUCAUGAAGGACUUCUCUGGCGUGGACCUUCAGGAAAGGAAUAUCCUCCAGGACGACAGCGACUGUUCCAGUGGCGACCUAUUGCAAGGCACGAAACCACUCGCGAUCGAUGACUGGAGUGGACCCUCUCAGCGGACGCAAGUCCAGCCAAUCACCCUGGAGGACGGACGCCUGACGACCACCGACGCUUCGCUUCUCGUGGACGCUUCGACUCAUACGAUCGCGACGCCCUCUCUUGGCAGCAUCCCAACUCAGAUCGUCUCGCCUCAGCUGAAACCCCCGGAUACGAAACGGCAUCAUAAUUUCCGCCCGGGAAGACACAAG